UAAAAAUAUCUAAGUUUUCUGCUUCCGGCAUAUAAAAUUAUGGCGGGUUUUUAAGAAUAACCAGUACCUACUACCCACACAAAUAAUGAAAAUUUAGUGGAAAAUAAAUUAUUACAAUGUUCAGUUUAGUAAAUACUCGAUUCAGCAAGACGUAUAACCCCAGUGGACGACAAAAUGCGCUUUCAGAUAUAAAACGAUUGCUGACCUCUCGAGACACGGUUGCUCAAAAUAAAGCCUGUGGCUAUCUAAUAGAAGUAAUUAGUCGAAAUUCUAUUGAAAAAGUUUGUAUGAUAGAGUAUUUGCUAGAUAAUGACAUCACAGUAUUUCUUUGCGAAGCCACAGCCAACCUAGAUUUUUCACUUUUUCGGUCAAUCUUGUUAUGUUUCCGCUUGCUGUGGCGCAAGCGGCGCUUCUUCGCGGAGGAGCACGCGAGCCACGCCGGCGCGGCCGUGCUGAGAGCCCUGGCGCACUACGUUGCCACCAAUUCUAACACUGCCGUCGAUGCCUGUCUGCAUUUCCUCUGUGACUUGCUUAAUGGGAUCAACGCCCACAAAACAACACCCGCCCUUUCCAGCCAAAGCGCUUACAGCGCUGAACAACUCCUGGCUUGCUUGGACAGCCUCGCUUCUCGAAUCAACAGCAACCCGAACGGCAUUCUAUCAAGCGCUUUAGUACUGCACGCGUUAGUUUCUUAUCAACCAGAUAACUUAGCUCUCCGGGCUAGCACAGCGAGUUGCUUGGUAGAGGUCUUAGAUAAAUGGAUCCCGUUGAUGAUGGAAGCCUUGAAUCAUGCUAUGUUGGUUGGGAGCGAAGGCUUUGGGAUGUUCUUCGUGGUGACCUGUCAGCUGGGGAUGGAUGUGUUUAGGCUGACUAAAUUCCUCCGUAUCGAGAACAAAGGCGACUUCAUACAAACCAUCUUAGCCGACGACAGGGAAGCAGCUGUUCUGGAUCAAUGCGCUCAGAGAAUGAAAAACUCCAUACAAGCUCUCAUAUCUGAGCUCGUCACUUUUACAAAGGAAAAUCAAAAUCAGAUCUCCACUGUAGAAUACAUAGUGUUCCUCAAAUUCCUUCUAACGUAUUUCUAUGAUAGCACCAAAGGCGAACAGCUGACUAAUUUCUGCGACAUGAUGUAUGCCAAAGGUUACCUGACCAUGCUGCCACAGGUUCAGAUAGUGAGGCGUGACAUGAUAGUGCGCAAAGUGAGCACUCUGAUAUUAGGAGAGAUGUUGAAACUACUGGCUAACAAGUACCUCAGUGUCGAUGAUGUGGAUCACAAUGGGAGCCAUGAUAGAGUUAUUCAUACAGGGUUGGCGGAGCUGCAGAACGGCAUGGAACACCCGCAAGCCAUCGGCUGCCAGCUGCAGAAGUCGCAGCCCUACAGCCUGCUCAUUUACAUCUACUUCUACUGCCAGUCAUCGGAGAAUCCAGAAGAAGCAACGGCCCCGCUCUUGCCAUACUUAGUGGAGCACAUACUGCGCACUCCGCUGUCUGUGACGCCCCCCGCUUAUAUCGUAAAAGCUUUGUGGCUUGUAUUUGCUAUGUCAGCAAUAUCCAAUGGCUCCAUCAACUCCCUAGACCAGGGUGUAUACCUGGAGAAAGCAACCCAUCGCUUAGUAAAUAUGUUGUAUCCAGACCCUUCAAUGUUCUACACUCACAACCCAGCCAUACUGUUGUGGGCGUUCUCUUCUCAAAGGAUCCCGAACUACGUUAGACUUCAAGUGCUAUCCCAGUGGCUAAAACUGGAAGAUUGCCUGCCUACAGAGCUGUCAAGCGAGCCUGUAGUCUGGGAACUACUGUUAAACGUCCUAAUACAAUGCAAGGACAGCACUAUAGUAGCGAACUGCUUGAAGGCGUUGUUCGUCUGUCUGGAAGACGGUGAUGAUGUGGGCAGGCAGGAGUUUGCUUGUUCCGUAUGGGCCAUGCUGCCUGAGGUCCUGUCUAAAGCCAUCAUUUAUGAAGAAUCAGCUUUCGAAAUAAACAUCUACUACUUGCUAGAGCUAGCUACCUCCUUAGUCCCUCCUGAGUUAGAUCAAAUUAUAUGCCUGAAGAUAGCAAUCCUCAUCACUAUAAUAUUCUCCAAGAGUUCGCCGGAGGUUGGUGAGGAAGCCAGGAUACGGCACGAGUACGUCUGCUUGAAACUCAGUUUGUACCUGCUGGGGCUGUCCUAUAACCAGAACGAUAAUAGAGUUCUCCUAACUUACAUCAACCGGGCCGGAUACCUGCCCAGCGUGCUGGCAGCCACCAACAGCUCCGAUGACAAGGUUUCAUGUGCUGCUCUCCAGCUGCUAUCCUAUGUCGUCCAUUAUUACGCUAAGAACAACUAUCAGCCAAAAUCGGUCCUGGAGAUUCAAACGCAUCUGAUAAUAAAGGCUCUUAGAAGAGACAGUUCGAACGAGCGCGGAGCGUCGCUGCUUCAGCUGGUGUAUAUGGUGCUGAGCUCUGGUGCAAAUACACCGAUGGUUCUGACUUGUAACGUAGAGCUGCAAACCUCUUCGGCGCAGCAAUGUAACGCACUGAGAGCUCUCAUGUUUAGGAUACAGAUGAUUCUGUGUUGUAGGGAAUGUGAAACCCAAUCGUCGGCCGGUUGGAAAACCCUCAGCUCCCUAUUCAAACAUGCGAUAGUUUUCAAAAACGACCCAAAACUGGUGGCCACACUCACCUCCCAGCCAUGGACACACAUUCUCAUACAAUUUCAAUUGACACAGAACAUUUUCGAGGAGUUCCUUACAUUUAUGCAGAACUGGUUAACAUUACUGAAGAUCACUAUAAGGAAAAGUCAAGAAAAUUCUAAAAGGUUCAUGAGUAAACAUAGCUUGGUGGUGAAGACUAUGCAAUUGGUAAGGAAAAGUGUCCCUGUAGAAGGGGAAAUGAUGGAAUCUAAGCAAAAAGUUACAGCCAUUGUUAAGGAAAUAUUAGAAGAAAAUGGCGUGAGAUUUAAUUGAACUCAUUACAAUAACAACAACUUCAUUUUGAGAAUUUCGUAUUUUCGUAAUCAUCUUUACUUUAAUUAAAGCAUUUGGAAGUUCCUUCAAGAUUGCCUCGACAUUAUCCAAUCAUUUGCUUAAUUUAUUUUCGAUAAUUAUCUUAACAUUUUCGGAAAUAAUUAUUUAUGUAAAUAAAUAGUAAUAACAACAUUGCAACUGGUACAAAUUGAUUACAAAAUGUCUCCUUCGCAAUACAUUCCCUAUAAAAGUUUUAA